UCUUCCCUAACCUAGUGAUCAGACAAGAUACCGUAGCAAAGAGAAAAAUAACGCAGGAAGAAGUUUGAAGCUGGAAAAUCAUCAUAGAACUUGAACUUGCACAGAUUUAUAGACUCGAGUCUGGCCAAACUCAAAACCUACAAAUAGUAGCUUCACUUAGUAUCAAUUUUAGAAGGAAGAAUCACUUUCACUUGCCGCCAAACAUACGCAAGUCUAUACAGUCUGAACGCAGAAAAAACUAGAAGUUGGGUCUCAGUUCUGCCGUGAAUUGUAGCUUCGCUCUUCUCGUCGUAUUGCUAGCCACGCCACUUACUCAUUAAGUUCCUCUCUAUUGAAAGAGAUAGAGCAAUGGAUUCAUACUCUUCACCGGACAUUUACAUCCCAGAACAAUGGUCUGAGGCUGCAAACUCCAUUGCAUACAAUUCAAUGCCUCCUAUCACAGUCAUAUGUGGACCCAAAAACUGUGGCAAGACAACAUUCUCUCGCUAUCUCGUUAAUCUCCUAUUAACUAAAUGGAAGAAAGUAGCUUAUUUUGAUAUCGAUGUUGGCCAACCCGAGUUUACUCCUCCUGGUUUAAUCUCUCUAACUAAUCUUCAUCAAGUCACUCCAGAUUUGACUAGUCAAUUCAAGAAAACACCAAAGAGAUCCCUUUUCUUUGGUGAUGUUUCACCUAAGAGAGACCCAUCAGCAUAUUUGAAAUACAUAUGUUCCAUUUAUGAUUAUUAUCAAAAGGAGUAUUGCACCUUUGAUAAGGGACACAAUUCUUCUAGGAGUCAGACGCCUCUUGUAGUGAAUACUUCUGGCUGGGUUAAAGGUGUAGGUUAUGAAGUAUUAGUGGACACGUUAAAAUAUAUUUGUCCCACUCAUAUAGUUAAGAUAGGCAUUCCAGGUAAAGGAUAUGCAAAUAAGAAUUUACCUGCUGGAGAAUUCUGGUUAGAUGGGGAAGAUGAUGAUGGAACAAGUAAAUUGAUCGAGAUAAAGUCAGCUCGUCAUGAUUCAAAUAGACCGGCGCCUGUUCCGAAGGAUGCUGGUCGCCUGCGUGAUUUUCGAAUAAUGGAUUAUUUCAGGCAGUGCUUUCCUAGUGAUUCAGAUAUUUCAACAGUCAAGGAACUUGCUCAUUCCUUGACCUCUCUUUGUCCUUAUCAAGUUCCCAUUGCAAGCAUAAAGAUUCAACAUGUUCAUCGUGAGGUCCCAAGCUCUGAAAUAUUCUACAGCCUAAAUGCUAGUAUUGUUGGCUUUGCAGUUGAAUCUGAUGAACCUGAAAAUUUACCCUGGUGCCUUGGUCUUGGCAUUGUGAGGGGCAUUGACACAGUCAAAGGCAUGCUGUAUGUGAUUACACCUGUGCCAUAUGAUUCUCUGAAAAAAGUCAACCUCUUGCUACAGGGUUAUAUCCAAAUUCCUACUCAUUUAAUAAAGGUCAAGGGAUGCAUAUCACCUUACAUGUCAGAGAAUGUAUUGACUAGAGAAUUAGGAGAGGGAACUACUUCAACAGAAGAGUUAGGAGAGGGAACUACUUCAACAGAAGAGUUAGGACAGGGAAGGAGAGAAAAGAGAAAGAGAAAGAAAAGAGGAGAAAAGAGGGUAGUAACAGAAUAAAGCAGGGUAGUAGCCAACUCUUCAUUAUUAUAGUUAUUAUUAUUAUGCAUACUUCCCUUUUCAUGGAAGCAUCAGCACAUGGAUUGUAACUUUUUCCUAAUAGGCUAAUAGUAUAUUUCCCCCCCCCUAUUUAUAAUUAUGCAAAUUUGCCACUCUAAAUUGUUAAGGGUUGUUACAAAUUGGGUUGACAGUAGCGCAGUUAUAUAUGUAUUUUCUUCUUAAUGAAAAUGGUUCAAAUACAAGUUACAAGCUAUCAUCAAUCUAAUUCCUAAUUUAAAUUAGACAUGGUGAUUUUGUUUGUUUUUUUUAGUUUA